GUUGUUUAUGUUUAUAACAUAAAUCAAGACUUAAAGUUUGUGCAGUUUUGUUUAGGCAAUUUAGUUCAAUAUUCAAAGAUCUACUUAGUAUUAAUUGGUAUCAAGUUGGUAAACUACUUUUCAGUUACAAUAUUGCCUCUUUCAAUAAAUCUUCUAGAAUACUAUAAGAUAUUUAAGUGAUCCUCAAAAAUGUCACACAACAGUGGAAUUCCUGAUAAAAUGUGGCAGCCACCUCUUGUUACCUUUGACACAAAUCUUGGUGAAUUCUCAAUUGAGCUGUACUGGAAACACGCGCCAAAUACUUGCAGGAACUUUGCAGAACUAGCUCGUCGUGGAUACUACAAUGAUGUCGUUUUUCAUAGAAUAAUUCCAGAUUUUAUGAUUCAAGGAGGAGAUCCAACUGGAACUGGACGUGGUGGAAGUUCAAUUUAUGGACCAACUUUUGCAGAUGAGCUUCAUCCUGACUUGAGACAUUCUGGAGCUGGAAUAUUGAGUAUGGCCAAUGCGGGACCAAAUACAAAUGGAAGUCAAUUCUUCAUCACAUUAGCACCAUGCCAGCAUCUUGAUGGUAAACAUGCAAUAUUUGGACGUAUUUAUAGUGGAAUGCAAGUUAUUAAAAGAAUGGGAAAUGUUGAAACAAACAAUAAUGAUCGACCGCUAGAAGAUGUAAAGAUAAUCAGCGCUAAAAUUGAUAAAUAUUAAUUAAAAAACAUAAUAAAUAUUUUUUUAAAUACAAAAA